AUGAGCGGACAGGCUCUCCAGGCCGAAUUAACGAGCCUCGCCCAGGAGGCUAAAAGAAAGAACCCGGAGAUCCGUACUGCUGCUGAAAAGUCGUUGCAAGAUCUCAAGUCGAUCACUGUUACUUCAGAAGCACAAUUAGCUGCUGAUCUGAGUAGACGAUCAACCUUUAUCGACCCCUUCCUUCUUGCUUGCAACACUCAAAACCCCAAGUAUGCUGCCAGUGCCACUGUGUGUCUGCAACGUCUUGUCAUCAUCCGAGGCUUGCCAAAAUCUCGACUAAAAGAUGUUCUGAACGCUUUCAAUGCAUGCACUUCGCUCAGUCUCGACAUCCAACUCAAGAUCCUGCAGGCUCUUCCCGCUCUUGCCCAAAACUACGCCGAUGAUCUGAAAGGUGAUCAUCUAGCUGCUGCAUUGCAAGUAUGUGCUGCUCUUCAAAAUGUCAAGGCUGCUACGGUUAGUGGUGUAGCCGCUGCCACCCUCCAGCAACUCGUUGUCUCGGUCUUUGACAGAGUAGCCGCUGAGGACGAGGCUGGUGACAGGAUUCCGAUCGUCACUCGGAUACCUGGUGGUGAUGGCCCCAUCCCGCUGAAAGAGGCUGCGUAUGAUGCCUAUCGCGUUUUUAUGGACAUCUGUCUGGCUACAGAAGGACAGAACACAAGAUUCGUGCGCUUCGCUGGACUCUCGGCGGUCUCCGGACUGGAACUCAUGGGCGCCUGCCUUGGUAGUCACUCCAAUAUAUUCGCAUCGCAUCCUGAGCAGACAAACAUCCUUCGAACUGUGGUCAUGCCACACAUAAUCCGCGUCAUCUCAGAACGUCAAAGCUUUGGUGUUACUCUGCGUGCUCUCCGAGUCGCAUCCUUCAUCAUACGUCGUCACCUCCAGGCUAUGCCCGAUGAAUGUGAGGUCGUCCUGGGCUUGUUGACACACAUGGUAGAUGCAGAAGCAAUAGCCUGGAAACGUGCCUUGUGCAUGGAAGUCUUUCGUCUCAUCUAUACAGAGCCCGGUCUGGCUGUACAGACUUACCUGCAAUACGAUGCCAAAGUCGGCAAGAAGCCUAUUGUCCGAGACAAUAUUGCCUCCUUCGUCAGGAUUUCCACAGAAAAGCCCUCCGUUAUCGGGUUGGGCCAACACUCAAGCGCUCCUACCGAUCAAGCAAGAGACGUCGUUGCUGAUCAGGUUGCAAUGGAAGCUGCUAGUGACAUUACUAGUGUCAUUGCUCCGACAUUGACCGCAGGAGACGUCAACGUUCCUGGUAUCAGUACGCGCUGGAGUGUGCCAAAGACCCAAUGCAUGGACCAGCUUGACAAAACAGAUCCCCCAACUCUACCGGAGACCUAUAUCUACAGUCUUGUACUCGAGUGUCUCAACGGCCUGUCUGAGAAUUUAGCAAAGGUUGUACUUCCCUUGACCGUCCAACAACACACGAAAGAUCAAGAGCAAGAUUCAGAAGGGGAAGCCGAUAGUGAAGAAUACACCACGAGGACACAAAAGACGAGAAAUAGGAAAAAGAGAUCACAGUCGUACCGAUCUCGCACUGUACCACUCAAUCCGCUGUCAACAGAUGACAGUACCCAGGCUAUUCGUAUUAGAGCUAUCGCGAAGCUUGUGGAAGAAUGUUGGCCGGCAUUGCUUGCAACAUAUUCAACGUUCCUCAAUGCGUCUCUAGACAACGAUUACUACCGAGCACUGAUCAGGUCAUACCAGAGAUUUGUACAAGUCUCCGGUCUUUUGAGGUUAUCCACCUCGCGAGAUGCAUUCUUGACCACACUAGGCAAAGCUGCGGUCCCCCCAAGUGUCGUGACUUCAAGCAUAUCGACCGUGUCGUCGCCUACAACAGAGACCCCUGGUGUGUAUUCUAACGGCCGUGGUCUACUAAGUGUGGAGAGCUUCUCAACGCAGACGGCGUCAAAUGACAGGUCGAGACGAACAUCGUAUGAUCCGGCAUCGAGGCCUACGUUGUCCACACGUAAUCUCCUCUGUUUGAGAGCGCUUCUCAAUGUAGCUAUUGCGAUUGGCCCAACCCUUGAAUCUUCCUUCAAUAUCGUCUUCGAAACGCUUCUCCAAGCCGGUGUAGUUCUCAACGCUUCUCAAGCUAGAUCGGCAGGAAUCGGCCCCGAGAUUGCAGCUGUUGAGGGUGCAGUUUCACGCCUCUUGGAAAGCACGGCCGACUAUCCAAACGACGCUUUUCUCCAUGUCCUCACAACUCUGUGCAGGCUACUCAAUGGAAGAACGGAGGGUAUGCUCUCGUCUCCCACUCAGACAAAGCCCUCAAGUGCCGCACACAUUGCGCUCUCUACCCAAGACUAUUUAUUCGUGUUGACGAGGAUCAAUGAUCUUGCAGAACACAACACCUCAAGAUUUGCAAACUACACAUCUACGGAAAGUGGAUGGUUGAUCUUGGUCGACCGCGUUGUAGAUCUUAGCAUUGCCACAAGCAUACCGGACGAUGCCCGCCGUCUUGCUGCUGACAUUCUCUCUCGAAGCUCCAUUGCAGUUGCCGAGGCAAGUACGUCUGAGGAACAGGACGAUGCAGCAAUAGCCCAGAAGAUGGUUUUGUCAUCUCUACAUCUGCUUGUUCGCCGACUCUACGAACAAGACGAUGACCUCGCCAACGUUGAUAUCGAUAUUCACAACAAAGUCCUGGACUCAGUCAGAGCUGUCCUUGAAAAGUCUGGAGAGGCACUCACCGCUGGUUGGGACAUUAUGAUUGCCAUAAUAGGUAGUGUCUUUGAUAUCGAUGACAACGAGGAACAACAACGUGACGACAACACAGUCAGGGAAGGUUGGCUGAAGCUAUCGAGUCAAUUCGUCGCCCCCUACCUAGGACGAUCAGCAUUCGGCGUGAUGCAGUUGUUGUGCUCCGACUUUCUCGCGCCGCUUCCACAAACUUGUCUUAGUCCACUGGUAGAGAUCCUCUUCCGUUUCGCUUCUCAGAACUCUGACCUCAACAUCUCUCUCACAACGCUGUUAUUCAAGGUCCUUCGAGAAAACGGCAACAAGCAAAAGUCUCUUCGUUCGGGUAAAGCAUCUUCAGAUGCCAUCAUCGGUCUGGACUCCACUUCAAGCGAAAUCAUCGACAACAUCACCGGCCUCCUCUUUGGCCAAUUUGACCAGAUGGCUUCAUUUGUCUCUUUUGAUCGAUUAUGGUCAGAGCUGAUGGAGAUUUUUGAAGUCCUUUUGUCCUUCCAUUCUUCGGUCAUUAAUGCGGCUGUGUACAACGGUGUAAGCACCCUGCUCGGUGCAUUUGUAUCUACCAACCAGAGUUUGAAUCAGGCAGUCUUGCGCACAGAAGUUUUGUGGUCGUCCAGUGUACCCGACUGUUCCGCAGAUGUCAAGGGUCAAAAUGCCGAACAAGAGCAGUAUAUUGCAUACGUCAACUGUGGUAGGAACAUCUACAGCCUGGUCGAGAAGAACACGACAGUAGAACGCCUCGAGAGAUUGAUUCAGAACAUGAUUGAUUGCAUCGAAUUCUCGACUGGCGCAGCUUACAGCUCGGAUGUUAACAAUCUCACUUCGCUUCAGCAGAGAGUCCUUGAACACCUAAAAGCGCUACAUAGCAACAUCGAACUGGUCUCCUCGACAUUAGUCAACGCUGCUUCGCGGUUGGUGGCAUUGCCGUUUGCAUCAUCUGAAAAGCUCAAAACAAACCUCACGUUUGUUGCUCUGUCAAAAGCAAGCAUGGAUUGGUUGGUCGACCUAAUUGCUACAGACUUGUCAAAACCUGAAAUGUUCCACUCAGGUGCAGUAGCAAAAGCUUUGGAGGACCUGGCAAUACCAAUGGGACUCAAGUAUCGAUGGACACAGCCUGCAAAGGCACCAGCCCUUUGGCAGAAGGCAACGUCUGCAUCGCUAGCUAUCAUCGAAAAGACCCUGGCGCAGAUGGGAAAGCACAACAUCGAGAACAAGAUGAACACUCGAAUCUGGACAGCUAUAGCCAGCAUUGCGCAUGCCAUCAUGCGUGCCGAUAUCGAUGAAGCAUCACCACAGCCUACGUUCGAGACCGUCGAGAAAGACGAGGUCUUCGACUGUGAAAGCAUGCGACGAUUGAAAACUAUGAUCACACCACUCUUGGGCUCUUCGGAGAUCCCUGAUGCAAUCCGACACAAAUACACGUCUUCACUGUUCGAGGCAUCGCUCAUUCAUGCUGUGGAGCGUGGAGACAUCCCGGAAGAUAGCCAUCGACUCAGCAGUCUUAAUACCUUACGGCUUGGCCGAGUCCGAGAUCCAGAGCCAAGCUCGAGGGAGGACAUGGCAUACUUAUGCUUUAGAGAGCUGGUCUUUUUGGUUGGUGGAUUCAGCCAACGUCAAGUCAGGCUUUCGCAGGCCGCAGCUCCUCAUCUGGUACUGCGAUUUGCACUGCCUCUCAAGGCGUACAUCGUCGAUCAGCCCCUUCGCGGUUCGCUGCCGCAACCACUGUCGCAGGUAGAAGAGUUGCUUUUCUGCUUGACCGAAAUCGAAAAGCUAUGCAGCCUGUCGGAUGCCUUUGCUCAAGCGAGUAGUGCCAAUGGCAGAGAUUGCAAAGCAGACUUGAGAUUGUUGUUUCCACUGGUGGUCAAAGCAGUCAGUGUAGCGGGAGACAAACGCUAUGGCAACAGAAAAGUAUUGACUAUGCUAGAACGAGUUUUGAUAGCCAUCAGAUAG